AUGCAUUCUUCUGCUUUAUCAAGGUCAUGUAGUAUUUCUGGAUGUAAACAUUUAUCGCGUGCUCUAUGUAUAUGUUGUAAUCAAUAUGUUUGUAUUGAUCAUUUAAAAGAUCAUUCGAAUAAUCAAAAUGAUACUCAACUGACGUCAUUAACAACUGAGUUAAAUAUUUUAUCUGAUCGUAUUCAUUAUACACCAUUAGUUGAUUCAUUUUUUCUAACAACACUAGAAAAAUGGCGUACAGAUGCUUAUCGUACAAUUGAUCGUUUUUAUGAAACACAACGUCGUCAUUUUGAACAAUUUAUACAUGAAAAUCGAGAUAAACAACGAAAAGAAAUUGAUUAUUUACGUUUAAAAAUAACUAAUCUUAUACAUGAACAAAAUAUAACACAAGAAGAUAUUAUUCAAAUAAAAAAUACUAUUCAUAUAAUUGAAAAUGAUCUUAAUGAUUUACAACAUCUUCAAUGUAAUAUUCGUCCAUUGAUUAUUGAUGAAAAUCUUACUACUUUUCAAUCGAAUAAAAUUACACAAGAUAUUUUACCACUUUCACGUCCAUAUCGAACAUUAAACAUAUCCGAUGAUAGUUAUUGUUGGAUGACAACUAAUGAUAAAUAUUUAUUAGUACAUCAUAAACCUGAUCUAUAUUUACUUGAUCGACAAUUAACAAUUAUUGAAAGAAUACCAUGGAUACAUGGUCGAAUAUAUAGUAUGUGUUGGUCAUCAACAAUAAAUCGUUUUAUUAUUAUUACGAAUAAUAUUAUUUUUACACUUGAUGAAAAUCUUCUAGCUAUUGAACGAUGUGAUUUAAUUCAUUCUAAUAAUAUUUAUCGAAAUUGGCGUUCAGGUACAUGUUCAAAUACAAAUUUAUUUUUAUCAACGAAUGAAUUAGGUUCAUCAAUCUAUGAAUUUACAUUAUUACCAUCGAUUCAAUUAGUUAAAGAAUGGUCAUCACCAACAACAUGUCGAAAAGAUGAAAGUAUUGAUGAUUUAUGUUAUAAAAAUGAUAAAUUUGCUAUUAUUAUUUUUCAUCAAUCAACAAAUGAAACACAUUUUGAUUUACGUUCUUCGACAACAUUCGAUGUUAUCUGGUCAAUUGAAAUUGGUCAUAGCGUACCACGACGUACAACUGGUUGUUGUGGAUUAAAUAAUGAUGAAUGGCUUAUUACAGAUGAAUAUGAUUUUCGUUUAUAUCAUAUAUCAUCUAAUGGACAUCUAGUCAAAAGUGAUAAAUAUGAUCCAGCACCAUAUAAUGCUUUACUAUUCGGUAGAGAUAUACUCGCCAUACGAACUACACAAGGUGUUAAUUUACAUAAACUUAUGUAA